AAUUCAAAAUUUAGAAUUAUUUAUUCAACAAUUAAUUACAACUAAAAUAAUGUCUUAUCCACAACAGCCUGGAUGGAAUCUCCCCAAUAUGGAGCUCCCCAAUAUGGUUCAACUCCUCAUCAAGCUGAACAAGGGGGAGAUACUGGAGCGCCCAAAUACACAAUGAACUUCAACGAGCAGUCCAUUCGUGCUGCUUUUGUUCGAAAAGUCUUCAUUCUUGUCGCAGUCAUGCUCAGUGUUGUGGCAAUGAUGGGCGCUUUUCCGUUUUUCCAUGAACCGACGAUGCAAUUUGUUCGUGGAAAUUUUGUUCUUUAUUUGCUUGCAUAUGUUACCUUCCUUAUCGUAUAUAUCGCAUUGAUUUGCUGUGAGUCUGUUCGCCGUUCUUUCCCUACGAACAUUAUUUGCUUGGCUAUACUGACUGUUUCAAUCGGCUUCUUGAAUAUGGAGAUAACUGCAUAUAAUAACUUUUCGAGCGUUCUCAUGUGUUUUAUGAUAACGGCUGCUGCUUGUGGUGGCGUUUCUCUUUUUGCUACCGUCACUGACAGAGAUUUGACUAGUUGUAUGGGAAUUAUGUGUAUGGCAACAUUUUGUCUUGCAAUGUUCGGAUUCAUAAUUGCUUUAAUCGGUAUAUUCAGCUGGCAAAUUAGUACUCUCUAUGUGGUCUAUGCAACUAUCGGGGCAUUCUUAUUUUUGAUUUGGCUUGCUAUUGAUAUUCAGAUGAUAAUGGGUGGAAAGAAGUAUGAGCUUUCUCCAGAAGAGUAUAUUUUUGCAGUUCUUGCUCUCUUUAUGGAUAUUGUCCAAAUCUUCUGGUUUAUUCUCAUGAUAUUUGGUGGUAAUCGACGAUAAA